AUGGCGACAAUCCAAGCGCGCACAACCUACCGUGCCCUCCUCCGCGAACUCCCACGCCGCAACUAUUCAAUCCCCUCCCCACUCCACCAACAGCUGCGCGCAAUCUUCCGCUCAGAAACAGUACCAUCGACCUCAUCAGAAUCAAACACCCUGCCAUUCUCAAUCCCGAAAACAGACGAGGAACGCACCCUCCGCAUCCAAGAGGCAGAUCAGUUCGCUCAGUAUGCCCGCGCCCAGCGUGUCUACUCUGAGCUCCUGGAGCGCUACAACCCUGGUAUGAGCAUGGACGAGGAAGAGAAGAUUCGUCUUACAGCUAGACGGGUUGGGUUUGAUUUGCCUGAUUUGCAUGUUCCUGAGGGUCAGUCUAGUUGA